UAUUGUUGUGUUCACUAACAAAAUGAAUAUCAAGCCUUUUAUUUUCUUAUGUUCUCUUUCUGUUGUGGUUCUCAUCUCUACGGUGUUGGCUGACAGACUAUCUAGAGAUGAGAUUCGAGCUGCUGGUGGAAUUCAUGAAAGUCUUGUGGGGUGUGAUCGCCAGAAAGAAUAUUCUCUAAAUGGUGAAAAGAUGAAUAUGGAAGCUUAUCAUACAAAUUGCAAAGGCGGAUAUGGUGGUGGUGGGACUGGUGGUGGAGGAAGCGGUGGAGGUGGUGGUGGCGGCGGCGGUGGUGGCGGCGGCAGUGGUGGAAGUGGUGAAGGGGGUUAUGGUGGUGGUGGUAGUGGGAGUGGAGGAUCAGGUGGUGGAAGUGGAGGAGGCGGCGAUGGAAGUGGUGGAGGUGGUGGGAGUGGAGGAAGUGGUGGUGGUAGUGAAGGUGGAGGAAGCAGUGGUGGUGGAAGUGGUGGAGGUAGUUAUGGAGGCGGAGGAAGUAGUGGUGGAAGUGGAGGAGGUGGUAGUGAAGGUGGAGGAAGCAGUGGUGGUGGUAGUGGAGGAAGCGGUGGAAGUGGUAGUGAAGGUGGAGGAAGCAGUGGUGGUGGUAGUGGAGGAAGCAGUGGAAGUGGUUAUGGCGGCGGUGGUGGAAGUGGAGGAAGCGGUGGAGGUGGAGGAAGCGGAGGAGGUGGUAGUGAAGGUGGAGGAAGUAGUGGAAGUGGUGGUGGUGGCAGUGGAAGUGGUGGAGGUGGUUAUAGCGGCGGUGGUGGAAGCGGGAGUGGAGGAAGUGGAGGAGGUGGUAGUGAAGGCGGAGGAAGUGGUGGGGGUGGUUAUAGUGGUGGUGGAAGCAGUGGCAGGAGUGGUGGUGGAGGCGGAGGUGGAAGUGGUGGCGGAAGCGGAGGUGGAGGCGGUCAUAGCGGUGGUGGAAGUGGUGGAGGUGGUGGAAGCGGUGGUGAAGGAGGUGGAAGCGGAGGAGGAGGUUAUGGUGGUGGUGGUGGUAGUGGAGGAGAAGGUGGUGGAGGUGGCAGUGCAGGAGGAAGUGGAGGGGGAAGUUGUGGGGGAAGCGGUCAUCACAAAGGGUCUAGCGGCCAUCAUGGUCAUCAUGGCCAUAAAGGAGGUGGUGGGAAAGGAGGAAAAGGCGGAGGGUAUUAAAGAUUUGGUAAUGGAGACUAUGAUAAUUAGAAUAAAGACAAAGUGAUUAGCAAUGUGGAACCAAUAUCCAAGCUUAACGAUAUUGUAAUCAGUUUUUUUACAUAAAUGUAUCUUUGGAUGCAUU